AUGUCACUCUCAUGGUUCGAAGUUGGUAAUCUCUUUUCAGUCAAGGGGAAGGUCAGUAUCGGAAGAGCUAUCACCACUGCGUUGGCAGUAAACGGUGCCAAGGUUAUUAUCAUAGGUCGACGACUUGCGAUAUUGGAAACCGCCUCGAAGGAGAUCAACGAGCACGCCUCCAAAAAUGGGGGUCAAGUCAUUGCGAUCGAAGGUGAUAUAGCUUCAAAGAAGGGUAUCGAAGAUAUUUACGACAAACUCAAAGCGUUGACUGAUAAGGUCGAUUAUUUGGUUAAUAAUGCUGGAUUCAGCUCGACGUACAAGGUUCAAGCGGACAUCAACGAUCCAGUCGAGUUGGAGAAGAAGCUAUGGUCUGUCGAAGAAUCUGAUUUCGUCGACAUGGCGAAAUAUUUUAUGUCAUCACCAUGGCUUCUUUCAGUCAAGUUGAUCCCCUUCUUCAAGUACUCGAGUGACCCUGUGAUAUCCAAUAUCACUUCUUUGGCGGGAUUGAGUAUCGAGCGAAUCCUCGCUCAUCCAGCUUAUGCAAGUGCGAAAGCAGCUGAACUUCAUCUCACACAACGAAUGGCUGCCAACUUCAUUCCAUUCAAGAUCAGAGUCAACUCCAUAUCUCCAGGUCUAUUCAGAUCACAAUUGACCACUGGAUCGAGUGAAGUCGACGCUCCAGUCGCACCUAUCAUUGAACAAGUCGUAAAAGCUCUCCCUGCUGGACGAGAAGGUACGUGGGAAGAGAUUGCGGGUGUAGCUCUCAUGCUCGCUACUCCUGCUGGAGCACAUAUCAACGGGAUUGAUAUCCUUGUUGAUGGAGGUGCUAAGCUAGUCACGUCCGCCUAG